AUGCAAGGUAGGGGGAGAAAAGACUUUGCCAACAGCCCCCCUGCCUAUGCGGUGAGCGACCGAGAGUCAUUUGCGGGACCAUCGCGGCUGAACUCGGGCUUCUCAACCUUCUCAUUGAGCGAGGCGCCACAACACCCGGAAGUCAACAGUUGCUUGGCCCACUUGAAGCUUCUAUUCACUUUCCACAAUCUCAAGGAAGACGUCGGGUAUACCGACGGGCUCUGGGGUCUUUGGGACUCUAGUUAUCCCGCUACUCCCACCAACCCAAACAAGGCUCUGGCGAUCAUCCGCGAGAAGAGGUGGGCUCUCUAUGUCGCAAGAGCUGUAGAUCGAUAUGAGGCAUGGUGGAACACACUCGGCGGCCAGUUUCUCACCGAGAGGGACAUGGAAAAGGACCGGACUCGGUAUCUGAAUUUUAUGGCCAACUGGGAACCUAUGAACUGGAGCGAAGAUGCCAUGCCACCACUUGAUGUGCUGCUAGUUCUGCACGCCCAUAUGUUGAACCCGAGACUAUUCCUCGAGGACUGCCUCCGGUAUGGGCACAGGGCGUUAUGGACAACGGGUCUACCAUUGCACAUCCUGGACAACAUGAUCGACCCAAGCUCUCAUUACGUUGCCUCGGAGAGCUGUAAGUCAAACUGGACCCAGAAAACGGGCCUGGAAUGGUAUAACACGAGCGAUCCGAUGGUGAAAACUAUCCGGUGCCCUGCCUGCUCAGCUGUCGUCGACAUCCCUUGGACAACUUGCAGCCAACAUGAGCGGCCCGAUGCCAAAUUCCCUCCUCCAAGGCCCAACAACCUUGUCGGCAAGGGUUUUGGCGAUGGUGACCUCAACCAUCCGUGUCCGAGAUGUGGGAUCAUCAUUGAUCACGAGCUCAACAGGUUAUCCAAGUUUAGGAAUGACGCCAAGGAUCUUGUUAACAAUGAUCAGCCUCUACCCGGCACAAUCCUAGAUUCGAAGACGGGGAUGCCCACAGAGGCAUCUCGGAGCGACUCCCCAAGACUUUUCCCCAAUAGGCUGCUGAGAAGAGGGGUGUUGGCGCAGGUUGUAGACCUGUUGAAGCCAGGAGAUGAGAGGCGUCCCAGCAUGAGUAUGGUCAAAGACAUUAUCGAGACAGCCAUCAAGGACCAAGCUCUACUCAAGAGAACAAAUGGCGGCAGAAAGCCAAACGCUGCCGCCAGGCAACAGAUCCGGAAGAUGAUGAGUCGGUAUUGGGAUAAUUCAUCCCCCUUUGCUUUGGAGCUGGUCGGGGCCGUCCUACGGCAGGGCAUAUUCACACAGAAGAUGUACAAGAUUGACUGGCUGCACAGCCCGGAAGCCUCGCAGUCGAUGGCUCGGCUCUUACGGAAGUACGGGCGGUUCUUCCAGAUCAUGGUCCAGAAUCCAGACCAGGUCGUUGUGCCGACGUUGGACGUAGACUUGGCGUGGCACACGCACCAGCUCAGCCCGCGGCACUACUACAACUACGCCAGGAGCAAGACGGGGUCUUUCACCGACCACCAGGACAAGGUGGACGAAGACAAGCUGUCCGCGGCGUUCGAGUGGACAUCAAGCACCUACAUGACCAUGUAUCAGGAGGUUUACUCGGAGUGUGUUUGUUGGUAUUGUGAGACCAUCCGAGCCUGGCGCGUCUCGGCAUUUAGCGCUGCCUUCAAUGCAUCGAAACCAGAAAAGAUCUCUCAAGCCUGGUAUGACUCUGGUGCAGCAUACGCCAACCCACCAUCCACAUCUGCGCACAUCUCUACGCACGCCGCCGUCAAAGUGAACGAGACAGAGGCCCGGAGAAAGGUGACACGGCAUAUGCGGGCACUUUAUAGGUCCAGGUUGGAGCAGAACUACGCCAAGGCCGUCAAACGCGCCAACAAGAAGGGUCGCGAUCUCGGGCCCCGGGAGAGGAAAUACCGACAUUGGGGCUAUAAUCAUGUCCUCGAGGGUCCUUGGUCCCACCCUCAUUACCUGGAAGCAGCGAUGUACGCAACAGACCCGACGCGGGUCAAUGCAGGGGACGGUGUACCCGGCGGCUGCGUUGCAGCCACAUGUGGAGGGUCGGCAGGUUGUGGCUCCGGGACCUUGUCCAUGUGUGGCACAUCCGGACCAAGCUCAUGA